CCAGGCCUGCCAGCCUCUCUUAGAGGAUGUAAACAAUCGUAGGCCCAGCCUCUAGCUGACCACGACGUCCUUGCCAUCCGAUGCAACAUGGCUAGACGAUCCCCAACCCGCCUCUUCUUCACACUAGCAAUACCCCCCUUACUUGUGGGCUACGGCACGCAUGUCUGGUUAAACUCACUGGAAGCAAGAUAUCCCCCUAUUGCUCCAGAUAGAUCCAGCACCGAGCUGCUCCGUACACCAGCCAACUCAGCAACUCAACAUGUCCCCCACAUCGACAUCUAUGCCGCCCGGAUCCGCCUCGGCGACCUCCAAGCACGGACCAACAACCCCACAGAAAAGCCCACGAAACAAGAGCUGAACAUCGCCUGGGCGCAAUCACUGCUAAGCUGCAGUGGACUUCGUCUAGAGGGAAAACUGAUCGGACUCUUCCGCAAGUGUAAAUUCGACCCAGGCGACCUGGGCACCACGACGGCAGGAUUCAGUCCUGAUCCAGAAACGGGAGCCCCGCGCGAGCUUCUGAAUGGGGGUAUGACUGUUCUUCGACAGCCAGUGGGCGACGAGCCUUUGUUAGCGAAGUGGGAGAUUUCGGAUGGGCCAAGGCGGUUCUUUGAGGUGAUCUCUCGUUGGGGGUAUCCGUGGCGCUUGAUGACGGGUGGACGGCAUGAGAUGAGUGUGGAGGGGCCGUUUGACGGCGAAGGGGAUGAGGAGGGUCUAGGGCCAUUCGUGGAGGUGCGCUUCGCUUCGGCGCACACGUAUGAGAUUGUACCUGAGGAGGGAAGUCUUUCACAGCAGAAGACUAUUCCGAAAUGGGUUGCAAGGUUGCAUCGUGGGUAUGCGAGGUUUCUGUUGGAUACUGCUGUGAAGGAGUUGGUGGAGGGGACGGAGUGACGGAUUUAAUCGCCUGAGUUUGGCAACGCUUGAUGUGAUACUACGCUGUAUGUUUGGGCUAUUUUGUAUCUUUAUGUACUGCAUUUGAGCGUAUAGAGUUAGAUUUUGUAUCAGCGUCAUAGAAUUGCGCACACCAGCAGGCGAAGGGUUUAGAAUUGCAUUAUUAGCCUCCUAUCGCGAUGUGUGGAAAUUUACCAUUGAAAAACAGUUAUUUAUUGUAUGAAUCCUCUACUCUCCCGCUCAACAUUCUAUAGUAUAGUAUGGCAAAA